UAGUGUCUGGUGAUCACGUAGGUGGAGUUGACUACUACUACGUUGUUCACUGCUGGUGUCUGUAAAAGUCCUCGGGUGAAACUACGUCAUUGCCAAAAGAAAAGGAGAAAAAGAUUGUCGACAAUAGUUGUGCGUUUAAACUAAACUUCUACCCGUUUAUUCGUCAUUCGCGUAUCACUAUCCUCACGGAUCACAGGAGGGACUGACAUGUUAAAUUACAAAGCACUUAAAUACACAAGACGUGGCAAGAAAAAGGAAAGGAUGAUGUGAUAUCUGCAGUAAUGCCACAUUUGGACGAACACGCUGGAAGUAAAUCGUCACAGUGGCGCAACAUUCUUUUAAAUCUUAGUGCUUAACCUUUUUAGAUGCUGUGUUAGAAACGCAAAAAGAACGCGUGUGAGCAGAAAGUCGUAAACGUCGCAGAUUAACUGGGAUGUUGCGAUGGAAGCAAUUUGGAUUUACCAGUUUAGAUUAAUUGUGAUCGGAGAUUCGACAGUUGGGAAAUCUUGCUUGCUGCGUCGAUUCACCGAGGGGAGGUUCACCGAUGUGUCCGACCCGACGGUGGGGGUUGACUUCUUUGCCCGCUUGGUUGAGAUCGAACCAGGCAAGCGCAUCAAACUCCAGCUGUGGGAUACUGCAGGCCAGGAGAGAUUCAGGUCCAUAACUCGCUCCUAUUACCGCAAUUCAGUGGGAGGUCUGCUCGUCUUUGACUUGACCAACCGGCGAUCUUUUCAGCACCUUAAAAACUGGCUGGAUGAAGCCAGAAUGCACAUGCAGCCUUUUCAGACGGUAUUUAUGCUUGUGGGCCACAAAUGUGACCUCGGGCACUUGCGGCAGGUGACCCGAGAGGAAGCGGAGAAAAUGGCCUUAGUGUUUGGGAUGAAAUACAUAGAGACGUCUGCGAAAGACGGGCUCAACGUGGAGGAGUCUUUCACCAUCCUCACCAGGGACAUCUAUGAGCUCUUGAAGAAGGGCGAAAUAUCUAUUAAGGAGGACUGGGAGGGGGUCAAAAGUGGUUUUGUGCCCAAUGUUGUACACUCCUCAGAGGAGGCGGUGAAACCCAGACGAAUGUGUCACUGCUGAGCGACGCAAAGAUGGACAGGCUUCACGAUCUGCAGCCAAAGAUCAGAGAUGCCUAAUAGUGCAAUUUUGUUUUCAUUUCAUUUGCACAGACAGAAUAGGCCGAGCUGUUCUCCGAGACAAAGUAGCAUAAUCUUGGGACCAGCCUGGUCACUGCCAAGUAUACGCACUUAUUUCUAGCAAUUAUUUGCUGUAAAACAGUACUGUUAAUACAAUAAAAAGGAUAAUGUAACCUGCGUGUAAAUAUGUAGUGUAAAUACUGUAAAAAAAUCCUGUAUAUUUAAAUUACCUUAGAUUGAAUGCAUUGUGCCUCAAGUAAUUAUUGAAAGCAAAAACAACCUGGAGCCAAGGUGAUUUAAAUGGGCCAAAGGAUUUUUUGAUAAUAU